UGUGUCGAGGUCUGGAUCUGCUUAUAUGGACCAUGCAGAACUGGCUCUGCCUAUAAAUAACACUGACACUUUUAAAAGGAGGAGAACACUGAAUCUGGUCAAAAAGCAGAAGAGAGUUGUGAAAUGAAGGCUCAUUCUUUAGCAGGUUUCUUGUUCCUGAAGGCCAUGGCAGCUUUGCUGUUUUUUGCCAUGAUGUGUCCUAUUGCCUUUUCUACACAGACAAGAGAGUGGUGCGGGCCAGAGGUUGCAGCUCUCAAGCGCAGCAUAAAGAAACUGGAGAAUAGACUCCUCAUCGCGACCUGGCAGGUUGAGCAUUUACAGAGACACAAAUAUUUCAAAUCAUUUCAACCUGCGGGGUUUAAUCCUCAGACUGUAGUAGACACAGACUCUGCUGAUCAACACGACAGUCGUGGGCCAUUAGAAAAGUCUAAUGUGACAGCGAUUGAAACACUUCCACCAGCAGGGGGCCUUAUUGUACAUGACAAAGAUUGUUCUGAGCUAUUUGACAGACUGCGACCACAAAGUGGUUUCUACCGCAUCAGACCCAACAUGCACCAGGAGCCAUUUUUGGUUUAUUGCGACAUGGACGAUGGAGGAGGAUGGACAGUGUUUCAGAGACGCAGGCAUGGAAGAGUUAACUUUAACAGAGACUGGGUGGACUACAGAGAUGGAUUUGGUGACUUUAAACUGUGGAACGAUGAGUUCUGGUUGGGGAACGAACACAUUUAUUCGCUACUCUCAGAAGGUAAGAACCUCGUGAAGAUAGAUCUGAUGGACUGGGAGGGACACAGCAAUUAUGCAUUUUACGAGAACUUUAGGAUCACAGACGAGAACGAUAAGUAUCGUCUCCAGUGUGGACAGUACAGUGGUAAAGCUGGAGAUGCUCUGAGUGGUGGCAGCGGGAUGGUGCAGCAGUGGUCUGCUGCUCUCUGUGGCAUGCAGUUCAGUACCAAGGAUCAGGACAAUGACCGCUAUCUCCAGGGCAGCUGUGCCCAGGAGAAUGAAGCUGGAUGGUGGUUCAACAGAUGUCAUGCAGCUAACCUGAAUGGGAAGUUCUACCGCAAGGGAAAGUACAAGGCGCAGUAUGACAAUGGUGUGGUGUGGGGGACCUGGAAAGGCCUGUGGUAUUCCCUCAGACACACCACCAUGAAGGUCAGGCCUCUGCUGUUUUUGGACACGGGCAGUGGAGCGGGAGAAAUCUGAACAGUGGUUUAGUGAACAGUAGAAUCUGGUUAAAAUAUAUGAAUUGGACUGAAAUUGUUUCAAUAUUCCAAAUAUUUUAUUUUUAUCCAUUUGUUGUUAUGCAUUAAUGUACACUUCCAUUCUUUCAGUAUAUAUAAUAUUUAAACAAUAAAAUAUCACCUGUGCUUAUGUCUAUCUUCAACUGUCCUUAUACAGUUCUUACAUGUAUAUUUAGCAAAAAAAAAAAAAAA